GAAAUAGUUAGAACGAAUGGCUGGUAAAUUAGGCAAAAAAAAAAAGAAAAAAAAAAGAGAGAAAAAGAGAAAAAAGAUGCUGAAAACGCAUGUUUGAAUACACAUUCGAUAAAUAUUUAUUUCUUCUUUUUAUAUAUACAUUAUAUACAUAUUUGUUAAAUCAAAAGAUCUCGGUUUUGAUUUUUCCAGUGAUGAAUAUGAUGAGGACACUACAUAUGAAGAACAAGAUAUGGAAAUGUUUGACCAUGUCAAUAAUGAAUCUAGAGAAAAAAACCAACUUGAAACAGAGGAUGAAGACAUACCUGAAUCUGAAAUUGUUCCUCAAGAAGACUUUAUAACAGCUAUACAAUCCGAGGAUACUGCAUUACUAAUACAUACUAUGUCUGAAGCAGAUCAAUCUAUGGAAGAUGAACUGGAAGACGAAUUAUUAGUAAAUGAAAAUAUGUCACCUCUUGAACGCAUAUAUGCUUUCAAAGAUAAUGAUGAACUGGUUAAUAGACUUUCAUUAGCAAAAGAGUUACCUAAUGCAUUAGAUGAAAUAACUAUAGAUAGAGCUAUCCAAGAUAUUCUACCUAUCAUGGAUAAAUUAGCUUGUGAUAAUGAUGACACUGUAAGAGAGACGUUUGCUAGUGAACUUAAUCAUUUGUUACUAUAUUUUUAUAAGAAUGUGCCAGCCUUAUUUUCAACCUCAAACCCAUCUACGCCACAGGAAAAGACAUUUGUACCUUUGAUUAUUCGAUUACAUUUAGACCAAAGUUCAGGGGUAGCUGCCCUAGCACAACAAGCAGUUGUUUCAGUUUUGAGAGAACUAAAUCAGCUAUCAGAUCAAAAUCCAUUCUUUUCCCAAGUCAUUGAUUGUGAGAUAUUUAAGGGAGUUAUUGGAGGACUUGUGAUGAUUAUAGAUGGUAAACAAAAACCUCCUCAAAUAGAAACAGAAGAGGAUGAAGAGAGCAGAUUAGAGGCAUUAAGAUAUCAUCGUGUUUCUACUGAUGAAGGUUCUAGUUUGGAACGUCGAAGAUCUUCUGGAGCGCCUGGAUUUGAAACUUCCUCUAAUGUACAUCAUGCUCCUCCUUCGUCUGAAGACGAUAUUGAUCAAGGUGUCAUUAGCUUAGCAAAGAUUACAUGUAUUUCGUUGAUUGCAGCUGUUAUAAGUGUCUUUGAUGCAGAAAAAUGUGUGACAGAGUGUUUACCUAUUCUUGAAAAAUUAGCAACAGAUCCAUUAUUUUAUGUUAGAAAAGAAGUAGCCUUAUCAAUUGGCAAUAUGGCUGAAGUAGUAAAUCAUGCAAUAGCAAAUGAGAGACUGCUUCCUUUAUUUCGUAUGUUUGCUGAAGAUCAAAUUUGGCAUGUACGUCGAUCUUGUGUCCUUUCACUUCCCCAAUUAUGUGGUGUACUUUCUGAACCAGUUAAAAGCGCAUUAGCAAUCACAAGUGUAGAGACUUUUCCCAACGAUGUUUCACGUAAUGUUCGUAAUGCAAUGGCAGAUAUUAUAGGCGAGCUUAUUUCUAAAUUUCUACCUGAGGAUUGGGAAAAAACAAGAGCACCUGGCAAGUUACCUGAAGAGCUUUUAGAAUAUUUUUUAUCUUUAGGAUCCAAUUCGAAUAAUAAUAAUCAAAUGCUUAAACUUGAAGUAGAUCGCACUUAUCUCUGUGCUUAUAAUUUCCCUGCUGUUGUAUUAACAGCUGGGGCAAGUUAUUGGAAGAGUCAUCUGAGAGAGACCUAUUUAAAUCUUACAAAGGAUUAUCAAAUUAAGGUACGCUGUACAUUUGCACAUUCUCUUCAUGAUAUUGCUCGAAUUAUUGGCCCUGAACAAACUGAACAAGACCUUGUGCAGAUAUUUGCUCUCUAUUUAAUGGAUCUAGACGAUGUCAAAGAAGGUGUCCUUGAACAUUUGGCUGAUUUUCUUGGAGCAUUAGAAGCAAGUUCCAGAAACGAAUAUAUUCCAAUUUUAGCAGAAGUUUGGGAUGGCGUUUCAACUAAUUGGCACCUAAGAAAUAUUUUAGCAGAGCAACUAAUGCAAAUUACAACCCUCUUUGAUGCAUCUCGAGUAGUAGAACAUGUAUUACCCUUAGUGGUCCGUGCUUGCCAUGAUGAAUUUGCAGCGAUCCGAGAAACGGGCGUAAAGAUAUUUCCUGUUGUUAUGGAUGUUGUAAAACAUGCAGUUGAGGAAGAUGGUGAAUCUUUAUCACAAACCGAUGGAUAUGGAGAUGAUAUAGCAGAAAAUAAACGAAAUUAUGCUCUUGCUUUAUUAAGUCAUGUUAUGGAGCGACUAGAUGAAUUUGCACGAUCAGAAAGUUACCGAGAUAGACUAGUGUUUGCUCAAAUAUGUAAAUCACUUGUUGAGUCAGGUAUAGGCGCUUCUGAUUUCGCCUCAUUCUUUUUCCCUCGUUUAGCACCUCUGGCUACUGAUCCUGUUGUUAAUGUUCGUAUUGCAGCCUCACGUACAGUUUCUAUUAUUUAUGCGAAUGAGCCUUUUCGACGUGAACUAAGUGAAAUAGCUGCUCCAUCUAGGACGGUCAAUGAAGCAGGUGAAUCAGGCCAUGCAUUGGAUCAAAUGACGUAUAGACUCGCAUUAGAUAUAGAUAAUGAUGUACGAUCAUUUGUUAUGCCUUUUGUUGAUUUAGAUGUACUCGAAAAACGACGUAAUUCUGCUACUCUCUAAUAGUAAGACUUAAUAUUCUAACGUCUUUUAUUUUUUUUUACCCCUUAUAUCAUUAAAUUUGUACAUUUAUUAUAUAUACAUAUAUAUAAAGGAAAAUAUUUACAGUGUUUAUAAUGUAAUUCUUCAUAAAUUUCAUUUCCCUCCCUGCUUAUUGUAUAAUAUAAAAUAAUAGGUUUAUUACUAUAGUGUUG